UCCUUCCGCUUGGUUGUUGCGUAUCCGCAGCCAGCCAUUGCCCAUUGCCUCCGUUCUUGUUCUUGCCGGGAGACAACCCAACUACCUCAACCAUGGCCAUGCCGACCCACACCCACCUCCCCAAGCGCCGCCGCCUCUCCCCUUCCCCUGCCACGGCCACGGUCGCCGUCACCCCGCUCGACUCGCUGGCCGACGAGCUCCUCUUCCUGAUCCUGGACCGGGUCGCGGCGGCCGACCCGCGCGCGCUAAAGUCCUUCGCCCUCGCCUCGCGCGCCUGCCGCGACGCCGAGGCGCGCCACCGCCGCGUGCUCCGCCCGUACCGCGCGGACCUCCUGCGCGCGGCGCUCGCGCGCUACCCGUCCACCGCCCGCCUCGACCUCACCCUCUGCCCGCGCGUCCCCGAUUCCGCCCUCUCCUCCUUGCCCUCCGCGCCCCUCCGCGCCGUCGACCUCUCCCGCUCGCGCGGCUUCGGCGCGCGGGGCCUCGCCGUCCUCUGCACCGCCUGCCCGGCCCUCGCCGACCUCGACCUCUCCAACGGGGUCGACCUCGGGGACGCGGCGGCCGCCGAGGUGGCGCGCGCGCGCGGCCUGCGCAGGCUCUGCCUCUCGCGCUGCAAGCCCGUCACGGACAUGGGGAUCGGCUGCGUCGCCGUCGGAUGCCCCGACCUCCGGGAGGUCGCGCUCAACUGGUGCCUCGGGAUCACCGAUUUGGGGGUCCGAUUCCUCGCCCUCAAGUGCAAGAAACUCGCCUCCCUCAAUCUCUCCUACACCAUGAUCUCCAAAGAUUGCCUUCCAGCCAUCAUGAAGCUACCAAAUCUUGAGGUGUUGUCACUGGUGGGGUGUGUUGGAAUCGAUGAUGAUGCCCUUGCUAGUCUUGAGAACGAAUGCAGCAAAUCGCUGCAGGUGCUUGAUAUGUCAAACUGUCAGAAUGUCACCGAUGAGGGAGUUUCGUCAGUAGUGAAGGCAAUGCCAAAUCUUUUGGAGUUGAAUCUGUCAUACUGCUGUCAUGUUACUCCUUCUAUGGGAAAAUGCUUCCAAAUGAUUCCUAAGUUGCAGACCCUGAAAUUGGAAGGCUGCAAAUUCAUGACCGAUGGACUCAAAUACAUUGGAAUUUCUUGUGCUUCUUUAAGAGAGUUGAGCCUGAGCAAGUGCUCGGGAUUGACAGAUACUGAUCUUUCUUUCGUCGUAUCAAGACUAAAGAGUUUAUUGAAGCUGGACAUUACCUGCAAUCGCAAUAUCACUGAUGCUUCACUAGCUGCCAUCACUAGCUCAUGCCCUUCCCUCAUCUCUCUCAAAAUGGAGUCUUGUAGCCAUGUUUCAAGUGAAGGGCUGCGAAUGAUUGGGAAGCGCUGUUCCCAGUUGGAAGAGUUAGACAUCACUGACAGUGAUUUGGAUGAUGAAGGUUUGAAAGCUCUCUCUGGAUGCAGCAAGCUUUCAAGCUUAAAAAUUGGUAUAUGCAUGAAGAUAAGUGAUGAAGGCCUUAUGCACAUCGGCAAGUCUUGCCCAGAACUCCGAGAUAUUGAUCUGUACAGGUCUGGGGCCAUUAGUGAUGUGGGGGUUACUCAAAUCGCUCAAGGUUGUCCAAUGCUAGAGUCUAUCAACCUGUCCUACUGUACAGAGAUAACAGACCUUUCAUUGGCUGCGCUCUCAAAAUGCGCAAAACUGAACACACUAGAGAUCCGUGGCUGCCCCAGUGUUUCAUCUGUGGGGCUCUCAGAAAUAGCAACCGGAUGCAGGCUACUUGCCAAGCUCGAUAUCAAAAAGUGCUUUGCGAUCAAUGAUGUGGGGAUGCUUUUCCUUUCCCAGUUCUCUCAUGGCCUCCGUCAGAUAAACCUGUCGUAUUGCUCAGUCACCGACAUAGGACUUCUGUCCCUCUCUAGCAUAUGCGGGCUGCAGAGCAUGACCAUUGUGCACUUGGCUGGUAUUACGCCCAACGGCUUGAUGGCUGCUCUGAUGGUCUGCGGUGGUUUGAAGAAGGUGAAGCUCCACACAGCAUUCAGAUCUAUGAUGCCUCCACACAUGCUCAAUGUUGUUGAGGCUCGCGGCUGUAUUUUCCAGUGGAUUGAUAAACCAUUUCAGGUUGAGCAAGAACGUUGCGACAUAUGGAAACAACAGUCUCAGGACGUGCUAGUGCCCCUUCCAUCCUACAGAAUUAGUAGUGUACAUGAGAAGCAGAGGGAUAAAUCAAAGAGAGAUAGCUGUAGGUUUGGCCUGUGGCAGAUGGUGGCAACCGACAGCUGCUACCUGCAAUUGUUGCUGGAGCUCGGAAUUCAUGGAGGUGGUAGCCUGGUAGGCGACCGGCGAGAGGCAGCCAGGCACCAAGUGCGUUAUGGCAAUGCGAACUCGAAGGAAAGGGAAGGAGGGAGGGAGGAGCUGGAGGAGGCGGAGGGGUGGUUCCCAUGGAAGCACGACGACUUCUUGCAGGAGCAGCUCUCCGGCGCCGCCGGGGUGUCCAUGCACACCAAGCAGGGCUGGAAGGGCGUCAACCAAGACGCCAUGGCUGCCUGCCAGAUCUCCAAAGAUUGCCUUCCAGCCAUCAUGAAGCUACCAAAUCUUGAGGUGUUGUCACUGGUGGGGUGUGUUGGAAUCGAUGAUGAUGCCCUUGCUAGUCUUGAGAACGAAUGCAGCAAAUCGCUGCAGGUGCUUGAUAUGUCAAACUGUCAGAAUGUCACCGAUGAGGGAGUUUCGUCAGUAGUGAAGGCAAUGCCAAAUCUUUUGGAGUUGAAUCUGUCAUACUGCUGUCAUGUUACUCCUUCUAUGGGAAAAUGCUUCCAAAUGAUUCCUAAGUUGCAGACCCUGAAAUUGGAAGGCUGCAAAUUCAUGACCGAUGGACUCAAAUACAUUGGAAUUUCUUGUGCUUCUUUAAGAGAGUUGAGCCUGAGCAAGUGCUCGGGAUUGACAGAUACUGAUCUUUCUUUCGUCGUAUCAAGACUAAAGAGUUUAUUGAAGCUGGACAUUACCUGCAAUCGCAAUAUCACUGAUGCUUCACUAGCUGCCAUCACUAGCUCAUGCCCUUCCCUCAUCUCUCUCAAAAUGGAGUCUUGUAGCCAUGUUUCAAGUGAAGGGCUGCGAAUGAUUGGGAAGCGCUGUUCCCAGUUGGAAGAGUUAGACAUCACUGACAGUGAUUUGGAUGAUGAAGGUUUGAAAGCUCUCUCUGGAUGCAGCAAGCUUUCAAGCUUAAAAAUUGGUAUAUGCAUGAAGAUAAGUGAUGAAGGCCUUAUGCACAUCGGCAAGUCUUGCCCAGAACUCCGAGAUAUUGAUCUGUACAGGUCUGGGGCCAUUAGUGAUGUGGGGGUUACUCAAAUCGCUCAAGGUUGUCCAAUGCUAGAGUCUAUCAACCUGUCCUACUGUACAGAGAUAACAGACCUUUCAUUGGCUGCGCUCUCAAAAUGCGCAAAACUGAACACACUAGAGAUCCGUGGCUGCCCCAGUGUUUCAUCUGUGGGGCUCUCAGAAAUAGCAACCGGAUGCAGGCUACUUGCCAAGCUCGAUAUCAAAAAGUGCUUUGCGAUCAAUGAUGUGGGGAUGCUUUUCCUUUCCCAGUUCUCUCAUGGCCUCCGUCAGAUAAACCUGUCGUAUUGCUCAGUCACCGACAUAGGACUUCUGUCCCUCUCUAGCAUAUGCGGGCUGCAGAGCAUGACCAUUGUGCACUUGGCUGGUAUUACGCCCAACGGCUUGAUGGCUGCUCUGAUGGUCUGCGGUGGUUUGAAGAAGGUGAAGCUCCACACAGCAUUCAGAUCUAUGAUGCCUCCACACAUGCUCAAUGUUGUUGAGGCUCGUGGCUGUAUUUUCCAGUGGAUUGAUAAACCAUUUCAGGUUGAGCAAGAACGUUGCGACAUAUGGAAACAACAGUCUCAGGACGUGCUAGUGCCCCUUCCAUCCUACAGAAUCAUCUGAAACUUGGGCCACCUCAAUUGGCGCUGCGACGGAGUAGUGUACCGAUGCUUUGUCAGAAGAACAAUGCUGUAUGUUGCAUUCAGUUUGUUCUUUUGUUGUGUUGUAUAGUAGUAGUGUACAUGAGAAGCAGAGGGAUAAAUCAAAGAGAGAUAGCUGUAGGUUUGGCCUGUGGUUCGUAAAAACCCAUUGUGAAUAAUAUGAUGAAAAGUAUGCAGAGUUUGAUUA